UAGUUUUUUUUUUUGUUUUUAAUUUUUCCGAACUGUCUGCUUUCGAUAAAAAAAUAUAUUGAAAAUAUAAUUUUCGGAGAAAGAAGGCAUUUCAUUAUUCUUCAUUUAACAAUUACGUGACUUUUUUUCUAUUCCUUUUUUUUAUGAUGAAUUAAGAGAAAAAAAAAUAUUGAAAAGUUUUUUAAAGGCGAUAAAGGCCGCAAUUAAACGUGAAACAAUUAAAAGGUCAAGUUUCGAAUCGAAAAGAACAAAAAAAAAAAAAAGUCGCUCCCCCCAAAGAGAUUGUUUAUUAAGCUUUGGCGUAAUCGAUUGAUAUCGCUUUCAUCAGUCACGUCGUUAGGUGGAUUUUGUGGAUCUGCUUCAGACCUAACGUGAAUCAUUAUGGAUUUUUUACCUAAUUUUAUCAAACGUCCCUUAAGUUUAGUUUUAAAUGAAGCUACGGAAACAACGGCCAAAGUGUCUACAGCACCACCACCACCACCACCACCAUCAUCGUCGUCGUCGAACAGCGUUUCAUUGUCUUUAUCGAAAAUGAAAGGGGAUCGGGUUGCAGAACGUGCUCCAUGUGAAUCUCCUCCGAAUUCUCGAAAGGAAUCUUCUCCAUUAUCGGAAAAUCGAACGCUUAGCAAUAAUACAACACCUACGUCAACGACACCGGUUCGCCGUUCCUCGUUAAGUUCAUCGUAUCAUGGCCAAAUAUCCGAGUUCCUAGCUAUAACGAAUAAAUUACUGGAUUAUGAUGACUUUAGGCAAUUGAAUUCAUUAAAUAUGAAUUUUGAUAUCCCACACACGAAUAGUGAGAAUAUUUCGUCGUCGUCGCCGGCGAUAGAAAAAGCAACUGUUACUGAGUGUAAAACGUCGCAAACUAUCGAACAAUUAUUAAUCGAAAUUAAUGAUAAUCUUAAUCAAGCCGACCUCGUUGAAGAUGUCUGCAAUUUAUCACUUUCCUCUUCUCCCCAUGCUCAGCAUAGUCCCCUAUCGGCAUCUAAGACUUUGUUAGUUAACACAAGACCUUUAACGCCAGCAUCCUCGCCUUCAGUCUUGCUUACACCGUCGACACCUACUAUGGCUGCCACUUGCUGUGUAAGUCAGCCGCAAUGCGAUACAACUAGUUUAACAGCUGCUGGCGCAGUUAUUGCAACUGAAGUCACAUCAGCAUUUAACAAGUAUCGCAAUGCUCCAGAUGCUAUACAAGUUACUACUGACAAUCAUCUCCAUAAUAAGCAAAUAACUGACAUAAAAGAUUUGCAUAAUGAUUGCGCUGCUGGUAGCAAUAAAUCGUUGAAUAGAUUUCUAGGUUUAGCUGGAUUUGAUGAAACUAAAAUACCGAAUUUACCAACUGAUACCGAUAUAGGAGAUAUAGAAGGUCAAUUGAAAAUUAUUUAUGAUGUACGAGAAAUUACCAAAGAUGGAAAACUGCAACCUAAUGUACUUUUACCGAAUGAAACGGAUGAAACUAUAUCUUCGGAUAAUGAAUUAUUCACCGAUUGUCAUGAAGAGUUGAGCUCAAUUGAACGACGUGAUUGUUUAUCAUCGCCUUACAUCGAGCAUUCAGUUAAUAAGACACUUGAGUUGGAAUCAUAUUACAGUACUGUUAACGAUACAAUAAGUGCUUCCGAUCGGACUUUGGAUGAAUUGCCUGAAAUACCUAUGGAUGAAGGGCAAAAACAACAAUGCAACGAAUUGGACGAAGUCGAACCGAUGGAAGUCGAUAUGAAUGCGACUAUAGAAAUGUUGGAAGCUACGUCGUCAACAAAUAUAUUAUAUGUUGAGAAAGUUCUAGAACAAGCAGAACGUCACAUAUUGCAACAUAUGGAAGAAGAAGAAUCUCUAAGAACUAAAGAAAAGAAUGCUUUAGCCGAAAAGGCCAUUAAACAAGCCGAAAAAGAACUACAAUUAAACAAACAUAUCGACUUGCCAACGAAAGGCGAGAAAAGUUCGACAAAGGCCAGCGGAUUUAUUGGAGAAUUUUCAACGGCCUCGUCGUCGCCCGAUAAAACUGAAUUGAAUUUGAAUUUAGUCGGCCAGUCUAGUGACGAGUCUAUCGGGAAACAUGAGAAAUCGUUAUCAGAUUCUCCAACAUUUUCAAAAGAAAUAAAUAUUACAAUAAAUUCUUAUUCGCACGCUCCUAAAUCUGCCGAAGAGAACAAGAAUCAUCUGAAUAAUACGUUAGUUGAACAAGAUCUACCAUCUUUUAAUAAUAUAAACUUUGACUUGCCAAUAAGACAAUCUGAAAAGACACUCAAUUUCGAUAUAACAUCGAUAGAGGAGGAGAGUUCUGUAAGUCCGCUAAACGAUCUGGCAAUUCCUUUGAAUUGCAACUAUGUUGAACAAGAUCUACCAUCGCUUAAUAAUUUAAACUUUGCUCUGCCACUGGGCUAUCGUGAACAGAGGAGAAUCUUCGAUGUGGCAUCGACCGAGAAUGCUGUAAAUCUGGUCAAUAGCACGCUUGUUGAACAGGAUCUACCAUCUUUUAAUAAUCUUAAUUUUAUUUUGCCUCCCGAACAUGUUGAGAAGAAGAGAACUUUCAAUGUAGAAGCGACUGGAAGUUUAGCAGAAAUCGACACAAAAGAAAAUCUUGUAACUGAUAAGGAGAAGCGUCGCACAUAUAAUAUGCAAGAGGAUAGAGAUAAUAUAAAUAUAGCUAUGACCUUGAGUAAUGCUGGAUCUGAAAAGAGAAGAACUUUCAAUAUACCUUCAAUCGAAAGUGAUGCAAUAAUCGACACGAAAGAAAACAUUGUAACUGAUCUUGAGAAACGUCGCACAUUUAACAUCCAAGAGGAGAUAGGUGAUAUAAAUACAACUAUGACUUUAACUAAGACUGGAUUUGAAAAUAGAAGGACUUUUAAUAUACCAUCGGUUGAAGAUGGGGCAAACAUGGACACACAACAUACGAUUACAAAUGAUAGCGAGAAACGUCGUACAUUUAAUAUACAUGAUAACAGGCAUGCUAUGACCGCAGACGUGAAAUUGGAUAAUAUUGAUACGGAAAAAAGGGGAACUUGCACUGGAACAUUGGCUGAAGAGGUUAAAAAAGUCAGUACGCAAGAUAUGAUUAUGACGACCAAGAAUGAGGAAAGUCGCACAUUCAAUAUUCAAGAGGAGACAGCUCUUGCAACCAUCGGCGGCAUUACUGAAAAUGGAGACAGUUUAUUUAACGUUCCAGCAGAAGGGGGGAUACAAGCUGGUGGAUCUAUAAAUGCUGAGUCAGUGCAAAACAAAAUUGAAGAACAUAAUGAAAUGAUGGAAGAAAAUGAAAAGUCGCAAGAAUCCGAACCAAAAGACGUGCAACGCUCCGAGAAGACGGUAGUGAGAAAAGAAAUGAUUUCCAAUUACGAAGCCAUGGAUGUAGACGAGACUACGUUUCCCGUAUUAAAGUCUGUCAAAAAUCCUGUCAAAGUAGACAUUGCAAAUAUUAACUGGGCAGUGCAAGCGAAUCAUUUUUCUUCAACAUCAACCAAACAAGACAGUCCGGAGAAUCAACAGUCUACUUUAGAAAACGAAAAUUUAGAAGCACCUCUUAAAUCGUUAACAAAUGAUAAGCAAAAAACUAAUGAAAUUCAUGAGAAUAUAAGGACAGAUACCGUUACAACAUCAAUUGAAACUUCGGCAUCAUCCCAAAUAAGUCAAGAUAAACAAGCCAGUUCUGUGCUUACGUCUAAAGGCAUACAAAAACGACCUUCAAUUCAUGAUUAUAAGAAUCAAGGUGAUGUUCUUUCAGCUAAAGAGCAAUCGAGUAUACGCGUUAGGGAUGAAAAAGAACUGAUGACGGAGAAAUCGAGUUCUCCUUUGGAGGAAAUGUUUACGGCCCCGUCAACAACAUCUAUAACAUUAAGCAUUAGCGAUCACUCAGGAUUUGAUACGAAUUCGCCGAACGCUCAUUCAUCGAACAACACCAGCAACAACGCUGAACAACCCGAGUUCGAUGAGAAUGAAUUUUCUGGCAAUAAUAACAUAAUUUUCAAUCCUUCUGAUUUUGAUUUUCUUCUUACCAAAGGCAAUAAUAACGUGCCAGUGGAUCGUAGUUCGUUAUUAUUAAAAUUUGAUCCUUUAGUGGGUAUACCAAUUCCCGCUAAUACGGGACAAGCCCUGGCUCAAGGAUUGAAAUUGCAAUCACAGCAGCAAGAGCAGCGUCAUCAUCAGGAGCAGCAGCAGCAGCAGCAGCAGUUACGCUUACAUUUACUCAAUGCCACGAACAAUAAUGCGAAUAAUAGACCAUGUCUAAGUCCAACUUUGGAAGAGAAUUCGACUGAGGAUAUUUCAUUUGUUAAUGAACCAACAACAAAAACUUUUACCCAAGUAACUAAUCGAUUGACUAAAGGAAAAUCCAUACAACAACCGAAGCAGCAGCAACAACAACAACAACAAAGCUAUAAACCAGAUAAAAAUCAAUUACUUGGAAAAGAAUAUAAAAAGCAUGCCACAAUGAGUGUCGAUGUCGAUGUGAUUAAGGACGUCAGUUUAGAUAACGAUUGUAAUAAAACCUACGACAAUUCCAACAACACCUCACCAACUGAUGAUAAACCGCAGAUCAACUAUAAAAUGGAUGAACUUGAGAAAAAAAUCAAAAAUGAAGUCCUCAAAACAGAAGAUAUUGAGAAAAAACUUAAAGACGCUGAACAACGCGAGGAAGCUUUAAUAAAACGUAUUACGGAAAAAGAUAAAGCUUUAUCAAAAAUGAAUGGCGUCAUUGAAGCCUAUGAAAAGGCCAUAGCUGAACUGAUUGCCGAGAAGGAACAAUUAAUACAAAAUUAUGAAAAACAAUUGGUCGAAGUGAAGGCUGAUCGUGAUUCGUAUUAUCAUCAUUUAACCUCACUGGAAACGACCUUCUCCGAUUUGCAUGUUAAAUAUGAGAAAAGUAAAGAGAUGACGUGUCAACUUAAGGGCAACGAAGAGGCUUUAUUAGCAGAGAAACGACGUACUUUAGAAAAUUUGCGAUUGCAGGAGCAACGAUAUGAGAAAAUGAAAAGCCAUGCAAUGCAACAAUUGGAAAUAGCUAAUAAAAAACUGGAAUCUUUAACCAAAGAUCAUGCGAUAGAGACGACAAAACUGAAAGCGUUACUUAAAAAGCAAGAAAUCGCUCAUUCAUCGAUUACUGAACAAUUAAUGCAGAAAACAAAGGAGAAUGCGGAACUUAUGAAAAUUUGUGAUGAACUUAUAUCGGGUCAAGGAAGUUAAGGAUGUUGUUGCAAUCGUCGUCGUCGUCGUCGUCUUCAGUCACAUUCACACAUAUACAUGAUGAUAAUUAUUUAAAAAAAAAAAAAAAAAAAAGAA